CUCAAAUUCGUCAGUAAAUUGUUUGCUAGUCCGUACAUCAUGGUUCAAUGGUGGACUGCCGCUCUCCUUCUUGGAGCAGCUAUAUCACCUUCGCUCGCCAUCAAUACACGGGCUCCCUUUGGAAAACGGGCUCCGAGCCCAGACGUGGUGACCAACAACAUCGUACCCCUGAGGAAGGUAAAAGUCCCAACCACGAUCAGAUCCGCCGGUAGACGGAAGCGCCUCAACCCCCGGAGUACGAACACCACUGGCACCACCUCGAUCCGCAACUAUUACCAGCUGAAUUAUGUGGCCGAGAUGCAAUGGGGCAAUAAAACCAUGUACAUGAUUUUAGACACCGGGUCCAGUGAUACCUGGGUUCUCCGGACUGGUUAUGAGUGCCUAGACAGCAAUGGGGCCCCAACAAAUCAAACCGAUUGCACUACAAUUGCUCCCACGUUCAGCGGCGACUAUACAGGGGGUCAGAUUGACAAUGUGAAUUUCUACGCCGCCUACGGCUCAGGUAUGGUUACAGGCACAUUUGGGUGGGAAGGCAUUACAAUCGCAGGCCUCACAGUCCCAAAUGCACAGGUGGCGGUAGUCGACCAAGCAUUCUUCGAAGUCUAUAAUGCCAGCGGAAUAUUUGGUUUGGCUUUUCAGUCACUAACAAGCGAGUACCCCGGCAGCAACUCGUCGCAGCAUCCCUCUAAACAACGCAUCAACUAUGAGCCUAUCUUCUAUAGAAUGGUUGAUCAGGGCUUGUCAUUGCCGACCUUCACCUUUGCCCCUCAGCGUGGAGGCGACAAUGGAUAUCUGGCCUUUGGUGGGAUCCCACCAGUGAACACCACCGGGCCAACGGUGGCAUUACCUAUUCUUACUACCAAUGCCACAAAGUCGAAACCAACAAUCAACCAAGGCGAUUAUUAUACCAUCUCCGUCGAUAAUGUUAUUUAUGGAUCAAAUGGCACUACAAAGUCAUACGGCUCGUCCAUUCAGGCCAUCAUGGACACGGGCACAUCUGGCCUAUAUCUCCCAAAUGAUCUUAUUACCUCUAUUGCGAACUCCUUUACACCACCUGCAAGGUAUCAAAACAGUUCGAGCGCAUAUUCAGUACCUUGUAAUGCCACCGCGCCAAAAGUUGCGUUUACCCUUGGCGGGGUCAAUUUCAAUAUCACCAGCACCGAUCUGAUAUCCGCCCUCACUGACUCGAAUACCGGGCAUUGCCUGCUCUUCCUGUUCGACGGGGGGUCGGAUGGGUACAUUCUCGGUGACUCGCUGUUGAACAAUCUGCUAACCACGUUCGACCUCGGUGCAAUGGAGUUGCGAGUAACUGCUCUGGCAUAA